AUGCUGGUUUCAGAGCCAGAACAGCCACAGUCUCACCCUGCAGGGGGUGAUCACCCAGACACCACAGCAGCAGCUCGCAAAAAGCGUAAGAACAAACCCUACUACUAUACAACAUUGACAAAUGCGCAAAAAGAAGAGGUCAUUGACUGGCUAAAAGACAAUCCCUUCAUUUACGCAAAGAGACUGACAGAUUAUAAAGACUCGCAGAAGAAAGAGAAGCAAUGGGAGGACAAAGCUGCUGACAUGCGUGUUGAGGUGGCAGACCUCAAAACCUUUUACAAGUCCAACCGUACCAAGAUGACCCGCAUCAAGAGGACUGUGGGGAAGUCGGGUGAUAGUGCUGAGACAGUCGAGGACCUGUCUGCCACGGACAAUUGGGUGUGGGAAAAGUUCUCCUUCAUCAAAGACCACAUCGAAACUGUGGAACGCAGAAACGUGGUGAGCAUCCGUGGUAGAGGGAGGGGAACACCAGCAGCAGCCACAGCUCCUGGGCCAGCAGUACCCCCACCAACAGUAGACAUCAUCCAGUCAGACUCUGGGGCAGAGUCCCAGUCUACAGAGCCCUCCUCUCGGAGACUCUCCACAGAGAGUGGUGACUUGAGACAAUGUCUGAUGGAAUUUAUGUCUGGCAAGAAAGGUGGUCCCUCCACCUUUGCCAGACAUAUAGGUGAUGGUCUGGCACAGCUUCCUGGGGACAUCAAACGGGCCACAGAGAUCAAGCUCAUGGAAGUGCUACACGAGGGACAGAGGCAGGCAGAAGGGCGCCAGGAGAUGUUGCAGCAGAUGCCCAUCUUGCCACAGCAGCAGCAACAGUUCGCCUCAAUGCAGCCAAUCCAGCCACAAGAGAAAACAAAAUAA